UGGAGUGAACACAUCCAUUUUCGCUAUUGAACCAAAGUUUUUGAAGUCUCUUUUCUCCCCUCGCACGCACACGUUCGACUCGCUCGUUUCCCGCGUGAACAUUUGCUUUUUCUAUGUCCUUACUUUCUGGCAUUCAAGUUCGUACAGGAUUAUUCCAUGUGUACUUGUGUGACUGUGCAUUCAUUAUCGUAGGCGACAAAGUGAAACGGUGACAUCUUGUUUCGUUGUUGACGAUAGAACUGAAAUUUCGAAUUUCAGCACAAACAAAAAUUGAGAAAAAAAAGGAAAGAAAAAAUCAAACGAUUAUUGGAAGACACUUUUGCAUCAACAAAUGGUGCUCUCGGUGUUACUUAACGCGGGUGCCGUCCCUCUCUCUUUCGACGAACAGAAUCAUUACCAUCCGACCACGUCCGUUGCGUCCAUUCCGUCCGCCGCCGGCCAUUAUUCGUCAACCACUUCUUCAUCGCCAGCUAAUCCCGAAUACGUGCACUAUCUCGAAGAAUUGGUUGGUGAGUUGAGUGGGGUGUUUGCCACUUUUAUUCAUCAAAAUCCACCACCGUCUUCCCCAACGUCCCGUACCGACAUGUAUCACCAGAGGGCCAACACCUGCAGAUCCUCCCCAUCAGGUUUAUUACCAGACGUGAUUCCCAAACUCGGCACAUCAGAGAAGUGGAGCUGCUCAACACCUCCGUCGUCGGCUGAAGAUUUGCGGGUGCGGCGCGGAAUGGCGCCGAUGCGCUUCCGGCUGGAUAGCGUCGGCUCUUCGGUGCCUUCUGCCACAUCGUCGGCCGUGUCGACGCCUAGCAGCGCUGCAUCCUUUUUCUCAUCUUCGGCCGCGACGUCGCCGAUGCCUUUCGACCUCCUGCCCAGCCCGACGACAUCUUCGUCGACCGUCAGCUUCUUCGCAGACUAUCCGCCGCUCUCUUCCGACAUUUCCGAACACCUCCAGCGGACCACUGAUCUCGACGCGUCGCUACCAGUCGACGCUCCAGAUGCUGAUACCUCCGCCGCCGAUUGGCGCCAAGUCGGUCGAGACCUUCGCGGCAUUGCCGACCAUUUCGCCUCCACCCGUCGAUCACAGAACUCGACUGGGACGGGAUGUCAGCAGUGGUCGCUGCUUUCUGCAGCCCUGUCCAGCCCCUUGGUCUCUGCCGGACCCCUGGUGUCUGCCUUGGCCGUCUACCUUUGGUGGAAGCUGGUCAGACGUCUGAGUGCGUGAAUAGUCCACUGGGUUCAACGAGCGUCGUCCGCACGGCCAAUUGUUUCCGGGCUCGCUUUCGCUCCAUUGUCUUUCACGUCAACUCUGUAUGUCUCUGUGUGUGUGUGGAGUGUGAGAGAACCCUCCCCCCGCCUUUCCCGAUUCUGCCCCGUUUCUUGAUUUAUCUUUCCACUUGUUUAUUUUUUUUUUUUUGCGCUAGUGACUGUUUGAUUCAUUUCCCGCCGCCACCUACAGAAGUUCAACCGCUUUAGUUUUUUUUUUCUCUUUUUCGACUGAUUUAUUAUUUGUUCUUGUCUCUAGCAUUCCCACUUUAACCAUCUUUACUGCGUGUAUUAAAAAAACAAAACAAACUUAUUCCUUUUCUUUCGUCUUCCAAGUCUUUUGUUUAUUUUUUUUUUUUUUUUCUUACGCACAUCCCAAAGUUCUCGCGGAGUUUACGCAUCGACUCCCUUCGGCUUUUUCACGUCUGAUCUCACAGAAUAGUUUUCGAUAUGAGAAAGAAGAACGAUUUAUUGUAUGUAACAUGUACACAACGAUCAGUAAGCAGGACAAAAAAAAACAACAGAAAAACAAAAAAAAAAAAGUUAUUUCACGAUUCAGCCAGAAAUCAAUUUCGCGAAUUUAGUUUAAUAUUCUCUUAUAUCGCCCCAUCCCCUCCCGAUUUUUUUGGUUUUUUUUUCUAGUCUUUGAGUUUCGUUUAAUUUUUUUUUCUCUAUUCUAUUGCUUGUAAUAACAUAACGAUUUGCAUAUCCAUUUUUUUUUCACACUCGUAUGGGUGCUGUUGGUUUCACUUCUCUACCCAAUCUCAUAUUUUUCGGAUCCACCACCACUUUUUUUUUUUUUUUUUUUUUAGUUUUUUUCUCACGUCUUUUCUUUUGAUAUCCAUUGAAAAUGAUCUCUUGACCUCUAAUCAAAAAAGAAAAAAUAAUAAGGAAAAAACAGACAAUACGACCGACUUGUUUUCACGUGUUACGUUGUUGGUUUUUUUCUUUUGUGAAGAGGUUGUGCGUGCGAGUUUGUUUUUUGUUUUCUAACGAUUGCGUGUGGUGUUGCAUCUCUUCUCCCAUCCUCUCUCGUGUACAUAUUAUGAUAGCCCAUUUUUGUUUUAUCGCUCAUCGUGUGUGUUUGUUUUGCCACCCUCUCUCCAUCAAAUCUCGCCCACAACUCGGCAUUUCUUUCAAUCGCUAGCGCCGAGUUGUGAGCGGCGUUUCAACAGGCUACCCGCCAGUCUUUCAAUAACUGGACAGAGUGUGAGAUCUAAAAACAAAACUUCAAAUAAGAAAUUGGCAUUUUUUUUUAAAUAAUCGAAAAUCGAUUGAAUCGAUCGUCUAUUUUUUUCUUCUGAGUUUUGUUUACAUUUCAAGUUUUCCCACCUGCUUCGUCUUUCUCAUUAGAUUUGUGCUCUUUUUGAACAGCAUAACCAUUUAUUGCGUUUUUUUCAUACACACAUAUGCAUAAAAGAGAAUUAAUUACGUCGAUGGGAGCCGACUGUGUCGCAUAAAUUACGACCAUCGCUCUUCAAUGUACAUUGAAAUACAAACGAAAA